AUGGAGAAAUGGAAAAUUUCUAACAAAGUUACAGCUAUCGUCAGCGAUAAUGCUAACAAUAUUGUUGCAGCCGUUCAGAGUGGUGGUUGGCGCCAUAUUGGUUGUUUCGCGCAUACAUUAAACAUAGUGGUGCAGGUUGGCAUUACGAAAAUUCAAACAACGGUCACAAAAGUGAAAAAUAUAGUGGAAUUUUUUAAACGUAGCUCACAAGCUCACUUCAAAUUACAGGAGAUGCAAAAGCAAAUGAACCUGCCAGUACUGAAGCUAAAACAAGACGUUGUAACUAGAUUUAAUUCGACCUAUGACAUGCUUAAUCGAGUAGUAUCCCGUAAAGAUGCAGUUAUUGCAACAUUGGCGCUAGUCCGUCACGAACUAGCUCUAAAUACCGCAGAAUAG